AUGGACUACAUCAACACUAAUUUUGUCUUCUUGCGGGACUUGGAGGAAAUCGAUGCUCAUAUCAAUGCUCUCAGCGAGCAAAAAUUGAACAUCACAAAAGCAAUCAAGGCGAAAACGAAUGCCAGGAAUCUAAAUGGUCCAGAUGCGGCUCAAUGUGAGGCGUUGGUGCACGCUGUUCAGGAUUUAUCUGGAUCAGAAUCGAUCGAAGCCGUGGAUCAGCUUGUGAAAAACUUUGGCGAUGUCAAGAUUCUUCGUGAAAUCCGCGGAGCGCUCCAAAAGAAGUUGGAAUUAGAAAGAGAAAACGCCGUCUUGAUUCGCGCAGCUGACAUUGAAUCUCGACUCAACCAGUUGCUGGAGUCUUCACCUGUAGAAGAAUUCAACGCAGCAUCGAUUGCUAUUUCAGAUAUUCAUGAUGAGCUGCUCGAAAAAACGCUUCGUCUGCAAUUGAAACUUGUUUCAGAACCCCGCAAAGCAGUUCUUCAGGCCGAACUCACCAAAGCAUUAGAAAAGGUCAAAUGGCUUGCUCCGCAUGAAAAAGUAACUAUCCCUGCAGCUGAUUUCAAAUUGAUCUCGUCAAAGUUUACGGAAUUGGUUGAUCUUGAAGCAUUGAACCUGAUUCCAGAAUACCCAGAAUCAUGGUUUGCUCUCCAGGUUCUUCUUCAUCCGUUUAUCCUCCGAUUCAACUAUCACUUCAACCAGAAUACAGAGACCAACAAGAUUUCUCGUCCUGAAUGGGCUUUGAACUAUGUUGAAACGUUCUUCUCAGACAACCAUGCUGUUUUGGAGCUUGCUAUUGGGGAUGCUUUUUCAAAACAUAAUCGGAUUGGCAUUUUUGAAGUGUUGACUGCUAUCCUUAUUCCCCUCAGAGACAAAUUGACCCAAAUGCUACUGAUAAUUAAUACAAAUAUUGAAAAGUCUUCGUCUGAAGGUGACACGGCUGCCCUUGACCGUGAUGGGCGAUUACUUUCGCAUUUGAUUUUCGAGACGGCAUCCUUCGACCAGCGCUUACGCAAGAACUACAAAUACAAUCCUUUCAUUGAGGUUUCACUUGCUGCGCGACCACAUAAAUGGGCAGGUCUCACGGGAGAUAUUUUGGCUACUGAUGGAAGUGAGAGCAGUGCAGUAAAUAACUGGCUUAAUCUUGAAUUCAGGUUGGCAAAGUCUCGCUUUGAGACUGACAUAGUGGGUGCUUCGAAUGCCUUUGAAAUCGAUUACGAGUUUAAUGCUAGCUCGGACAAUCCAAGCGAUGUAUUAAAACCGAGCUAUUCAGCUUUUGCUUUGGUCAAACUCUUUGAUAAUUUAACAACUCAUUUCAAAAGUUUGAGUAUUGUCAAGUAUCAAUUGAAAUACGUUUCUAAGAUUCAACUUGUUCUCCUAGAUGAUUAUUACAAUGCUCUUGAGAAAGACUUUCGCCAAUUCAAUGAGUCGCUUAGUCUGAAACUCAUAUCAAAUUUUUUAUCUGGGACGAUCAAACCUGACUCAAACAAUGCGGCACAAACAAUUGCGACAAACGGUCUUAAAGGAUUAGAAAUCUUGACUGGUCUUUAUUGCCUGAUUAAGUUUGUGAUCGAGAGUAUGGAAGAUUGGAGUACGGAGUUGGUUUAUAUUCAACUAUGGAAUAUGUUCUGCUCGCUUUCAGACACCAAAGAUAGAGAUAACUCCAUUUUCGGCGCAACAAUUGUCCAGUAUCAUGGUUUACUUGACAAGGUUAUUGAGAAAUACACUGAUUUCUUCCGUCGGGAAAUUCGUGGAACUUUGAAGGAGUAUGUCAAUUCUUGUUCAUGGAUAAUCGACGAUGAUAUGAAGAAGAAUAAUCAACCAUCCACCCAGUUAUCGAAUUUUAUUCUCAUUCUUCCGAGCUAUAUGUCUUUCUUAAAAAGAUCACUUCCAGAGCUUGAUUACUUUCUUGUUUCGAGUAAAGUUUGCGAUUCCUACGCACGCGUGCUCCAAGAGUAUGUAAUCUCGAAUAACCAGUUCAACAAGAAUGGAUUGAGCCAACUAAAAGUCGAUCUUGAAUGCUUGAGUAGCUACAUGGCUGACUACUUGUUGAUGAGUACGAACUACAAGUAUUCCAAUAUCGAAAACCGCAAUUACAAGAGGCUAAUGCAAUCAGUGAAGAUGAUGGAACAUUUUGAUGCCACAACUGCAAAGUUAUUGAAGAGAAACCCCGAUAGUAACAAUGACAUCAGAGCGGAAUUUACGGAUGGGCUUGAUUGUCUUUCUGACAAUGAUUUGAGAGAUUUGUUAUUUCGUAUAGUCUAG